AUGUCGACGCCAACUCCCAGGCCGACACGAUCUCGAAGGGCAAGCCCCUUUAUGCCAGCACCCUCAAAUGCGGCAGCCGACGGAAAAAUCACAAUGGCAGACGGUUCGCAGAGGCCCAAGACCGCGUUGGACGGGGUUUGGCAAGAGCCUCCCCUGCCUACCCCUCGGGCCAGCUUCGUGGACGCCGGGAUCGAGCGACAUGGCGUCGUGCAGAACAUGGCACCUCUUGGGACCCAUCCGACUCAGAAGGCGAUGAAGAUGGCUUGCAGAGCAGACGAAAUCCCACUGGGGCGCAGAGAAAAUCCGAGGAGAUCAGGGCCUUCUGCUGUCUCGACCCCAAGCGAGACGGUAGUGACCCCCGAGCCACCUACAAACCUAGCACGAAACCGUUCAGCUUCGAUCAAGACGGUCGAUGAGGUGGAGAGUGCACCACAGACCCCACAAGCACCUCCCAGUGCACGAAAGAGCGUCUCACGGCAGAGUAUUGGCCCUCAAAACAAUGGGCAAGGGGUAUUCCAACUCCAGCAGUCUCCUAUCCUUAUCACCACCAAUCUGACUCGCCCAACACCUCCAACACCUCAAGCUCCUCCCCAAGCACAAAUAGCUGGAACACCUGGUCCGACCCUGGGCGCUGAUGGGUUGCCCCUUAUCAAUCUCGACAAGACGGAUCGAGUCGUCGAGGAGGCUGUGCAAGAAGCUGUAGACCAUCAACGAUGGCCAACAGCGUAUGCUCUCCGCACUCUCUACGAUGACCACCGGUCUAAUCCCAAGAUUGUUCGUCUGAUUGAGGCUAUCUACAACGGACGGGCUUCUGAGGCCAGCUACGUGGAGUUCAAGGGCAUCAUGCGCCAGAAGAAGAAGGAAGGAAAGAAGGACCGGACUGGCGAGUACUAUUUCAACGGCGACGGAAGUGAUCCAGCCCCAAACGCCAAGGCCACACCACCAACACCAGUCAUCCCCGCCAUUCCUAUUCAACUGAUUCAGCCUCCUCCAGGUCCCUACGUCACGCCCUACAGAGAUAUGGGACCAAAAUCUCUCUCGCUCGUGGGCAGGAGCUCCUCCGCCAGUUCUGCACCGCCAGUGACUGCAUCGCCAAAGGAAGCCGAGCACGAGCACGAGCACAUCAGCAAGAAGCGCCGUCCGAACAGCUUCCAGCCUGUCAACGCUGAAGUGAACGGGACUCCGGCUGCAGCAGACGAGGCUGCGAGAGCGGGCUCACCAUUGCAAGCAAAUGGAGGCACGAACUCGGCCAAGUCUACUCCCCGCAAGUCGCGCAGAGCACGCUCGCAAUCAACCUCUUCAUCACUGUCGUCUGUCGAUCCCGAUGCCUUUGAGGGCGAAGACCCGAUGGCUGGGGCUGGCAGCAGCAGUGUGGAGGCAGAGGCAGAGGCAGAUGCACGAGCUACCGAUACCAGCGCCCAUGCCCAUGCUGCCCAUGCUGCCCAUGCUGCCCCUUCUCUGACCCGGCUCGGCGGCCACCCACUGGCGGGGCUUGGGCUGGGGCUGCGCCUGGGAGGUGCCGCCAAACCGCACGUCUCGCCCUACACGAGCCACAACAAUUUCGUGGCAGCAGCGUCGUCUGCCGAGACCCUUGCGCGCAGUCAGGCGCAGCCAAUCACGGCGCCGCUCAAGAAAGGCCCCAAAACCUACAUCUUCCAGCCCACACCCUCCGUCGCCCCGGUGCCUCUGCCGCUGCCUCAGCCUGCGUCUCCCGCGCUCGUCGCGCCCUCGUCCUCCGCCAAAUCGCCCACCACUGCAACGUCGACGUCGACGUUGACCACUACCGCCAACAACAACAACAACAACCCUCCUCCCGCCGCAACAUCGACGGCGACAUCGAUGGCCCCGGCGGCGCUGCUGAACUCCUCCUCCAACAGCUCCGCUACUUCUUUCGUGCACUUGCCGUCAUCCUUCAAGGCAAAGGGCUUGGCCAAGAUCAAGGGGGACCCCUAUGAUCCGAACGACAAGACCAGCCGCCUGAGACGCCGUGCGCGCGAGACCACCAACACCGUCGCCGGCGACAUCCGGGACAGCUUCGAGCGGCACCAGGUCCAGGUCGCGUCUGCGCAGGAGACCGACUCUGAUGGUGGCGACUCCGUCGUGCCCUCAAAAGUCUCCUCCUCCUCCUCCAGGCGCCCGCCCAAGGUCCGCCUGCUCAACAAGCCCAAGACCCGCGAGACUCGACAGAGAAACAACUAUGAUUCGGAAGACCUCAGCUCCCCGACCUUGCUCGCGUUCCCGCCAGACGGCGCGCCGGGCUCUCGCUCUGUCUCCCGCGCUGGCACUCCCAGCACGUUCGGUCGACCAACGAGAAAGGCGCGGACAGGCACCGGUCUACGUGUCAAGACAUCCAUCCAUCGCGGUCUUGUAUCUCGUGAGCCUCAUGUUCUGUAUUUCCUGUCCGCGCUCAAUCUUGCCGUUUUCCUGCCUCGAGCGUUGCGGAUUGCCGUCGCACAAUGCGACCGGCCCCUCCCUCAUCGUGUCCACGCCUCACUUUGCGAUCUCAUCAUCAGAACGCGUCUUUCUGAGGACUAUGCUAAUGCGACAUCUUUCGACGACAGCCCGAUGAAGAAGAAGGGCGCGCUUCCAGCUGGCAUCCCCAGAGCAAGCGGUGAGAGGAACAGCCCGACCGGCAACGGUGCCUUUUCUCACAGCCAGGAUGACAAUGAUGAUUACUGCGCAGCGUGCGGAGGAAACGGUGACUUGGUCUGCUGCGAUGGAUGCACUCGAUCAUUCCACUUCAAGUGCGUCGAUCCGCCCAUGAUCGAGGGCAGUUUCCCCGACGAGUGGUUCUGCAACGUCUGCCAGUCCCGCCAACCUGGCGCACGAGAUCCGAUUCCUGGCACCUUUGGCCCACUGCUGUUUUCCCUAGAUGAGAAGAACCCCAGCGCAUUCCGCCUGCCAAAGUCCAUUCGUGAGUAUUUCGUCGAUGUUAAGACGGGCGCGGAUGGCGAGUACGAGGAAGCUGGUACUGCGAAGCCAAAGAACAAUCGUGGAGGCUAUGAUGAAGCACCAGACUACUACCGCCUGAAAGACGCCAAAGGAAAGACGAUUCUCUGUCACAAUUGUCACGGUGCAGCAUCACCUCCCAAUCGCAUGAUCAUUCCCUGCACCUUUUGUGGCCUCUCCUGGCAUCUUGACUGCCUCCCAAAUCCUUUAGCUAAGGAGCCCUCUCCAGGACGACAAUGGCGAUGUCCGGCGCAUGUCGAUGAUCUCCUUCUGCAGGUUCCAGCUACUCUUGCUCCUGCCCAUCGCUUCCGAAGAAUCAAGGGAGCAUCGGUGAUCAAGCCAGCGAUUUCUCGAGGCAUCAAGAACAAUGGCUACAUCGAAAUCGAGAGUGAGCCAAGUGAGGACGAAGAAGAGCAAGGUUUCUACGAGCAGCGAGAGUACGGUCACGUGUACAGGCUUCCGGAGCAGGGGAUCAAGUUAGAUUUCAUUUCCAAGGUCAAACGAGAGGGUGGAGGCUAUCUCCCGAGUCGCUUCGCGACCAGACCGCCGAAACCAGUACCACGACCAACCUGGAAUCAAAGAUCUGUCAACCAGCAACAGGCAGCUCUAAAUCUCGCAUCUCUUGCAGCACAAGAGCCUCUGACUGGCGAUCUCAGCCAGCUCAUCCAUACUCUCCUUGCCGAGGCUCCGCCGCAAGUGAUCGACUUGAUGGCUGUGGACCAGGUGGACGAGAUGACGGAGAAGCUGCCGUCGCAUGUUAUCACUUCGAUGAAGCAUCUGUUCGACAAGCUAUACGCAAAGAUUACUCCCGAGGCCGAGGAUCAUCAAAUGCACGAAUCGGCUCCAGCUUCGGCCCCGUCUUCAGCUCGUGCUUCGAUCCGCGGGUCAACAACGCCAGCUCCAGCUUCAGUACGUGGUUCAGUGACGCCGGCUCCUGUUGCCUCAGUUGGUGGUUCAGCGCGUAACUCAGCGACACCAGCUCCUUCUGUGGCUCUGGUUCAAGCCGAAGCUGCUAUUGAACCGGGAAAUGUCACCCAUCAGGAUGCGAGCCUCGAACUUAUCGAGGAAGCACCCAUUGAGGAUGCCAUAGUCGAGGAUGCAAUGAUUGAGGAAACAAUUGCCGAUGCGGCAACUGUUGAACUAAGACAAUCUGAAGCAUCACCUAUCGAGCCAGCACCCCUCAAGGCAGCAUCCGUCGAGGCAGAGCCCGUCAAGUGUGUCAUAUCCGCACCAGUCGAAGUCCAGGCAGAAGCAUCGCCAGUCCGCGAGACAACACCCGCUCCUGUCCAAGUAUUGACAGAGACGGAGCCCGAGCCCGAGCCUGAGAAAAUGGACGAGGACGUAGUCGAGAACCACGUCGGGCCUCAAGUCCAGGAUGAAGACCACGACACGGAGAUGCUGCUUUGA